ACCGAGCAGCACGAGAAAAGCCACGGAGAGAGAGAUGGCGCAGGACCCGACCGGAGCGCAAGGACAGGCGGGGGGGCUCGAGACACAACCCGGAGGAAGCAAAAAAUAAAAUGUAGUAUCAAUAAAACGAGUCUAAAAGGGAAAUAAAAAUAUAUAAUCGGAGGAAAGAAAAUAAUCAACAAAGACAAGAGGAAGAAAACACCAGCAUAAAAAGACGUCCAUCAACCAGGAUUCAGGAGACAGAACAAACCACCACAACAAACCAACAGACUGGGAGGGAACUUUCCCGCCGUGAGGACUCUGGACUGUUCUGUGGACAUCCAUCCCUCUCCCAGGUCACAUAGAUGGUCGCCAAGCAUUAUGAACGCGCAACUGUCCAUGGAGAGCCUCGGCGACCUGAGCCAUGAGUCUGUGGCCGGUCCAGGAGAGCUGCUAGUCGGCCACAGCCCACACCCCCGCCCGGGUGGGGGCCGAGGGCUGGCGCACCGCUCCAUGGGCAUGACGAGCCUGCUAGACGGAGGAGAAUACCACUCCCACCACGGACACAACACUGGGCACCCCGGUCAUCACCUGCACCCCGCCAUGAGUAUGUGCGAGACCCCCCCUGGAAUGAGCGCAAGCACCUACACCACCCUCACACCUCUCCAGCCUCCCCUACCCCCCAUCUCCACUGUUGCAGACAAGUUCUCUCAUCAUCACCAUCAUCAUCAUCCACACCACCACCAUCCUCAUCAUCCUCAUAAUCAUCAUCAGCGACUCCCUGGUAAUGUCACCGGCAGCUUUACGUUUAUGAGGGACGAAAGGGGACUGGCGCCGAUCAACAACCUCUACUCCCCAUACCACCACAAAGACGCCCCUGGGAUGGGACAGAGCCUCUCCCCACUGUCUGGCUCUGGCCUGGCCGGCCUACACAGCUCCCAGGCCGGACUGCCUCCCUAUGCCCACCCCGGGGUCUCAGCCUCCAUGCCGGGGGAGAAGAUGCAGUUGACUCCCGGUGGGUUCGAGGCUCAUCACCCCACCAUGCUGGCCAGACACGCAGAACAGCACCUCACCUCCUCGGGGAACAUGCUCCAUAUAAACGGCCUCCAUCACCACCCCCAUGCCCACCUCGGAGCCUCGGGGCACGUCCUGGGCCACGGGAACCCCCGGGACAACAACACCCAGAGCCACGCCUCAGGGCCCGGGGUUCAAGUCCACGGGGUUGGUGGUGGUGGCGGUACCGAUGGCAAUUCGUCGGGUCAAAUGGAAGAAGUAAACACCAAAGAAGUAGCGCAGCGGAUCACCACAGAGCUGAAGCGUUACUCCAUCCCCCAGGCUAUAUUCGCCCAGAGGGUGUUGUGUCGGUCCCAGGGAACACUGUCAGACCUGCUCCGGAACCCCAAGCCCUGGUCCAAGCUCAAGUCCGGCCGAGAGACCUUCCGCAGGAUGUGGAAGUGGCUGCAGGAGCCUGAGUUCACACGCAUGAGCGCGCUCAGGCUCGCAGGUGAGCGAACCCUCGCGUGUAAGCGCAAGGAGCAGGACCAUGGCCACUGUAAAGUUGGUGGUGACGGUAGCGGUGGCGGCAGCGGUGGCAGCAGCGGCGGAAAUCACAGCGACAGCAACCACAAUGGUAAUGGUGGCCACUCCAAGAAGCCUCGGCUGGUGUUUACCGACGUACAGAGAAGGACCCUCCACGCCAUCUUCAAGGAGAAUAAGCGUCCGUCCAAGGAGCUUCAGAUCACCAUCAGCCAGCAGCUGGGCCUGGAGCUGACCACCGUCUCAAAUUUCUUCAUGAACGCACGGCGACGUAGCCUCGACAAGUGGCUCGACGAAAACGGAGGCUCCACCCACUCCGCUAAUUCCUCCGUCUCCACCUGCAGCAAAGCCUGAGGAGGAGGGACUGGAGGGGGAGAGCGGGCACAGUUUUGAGUUGAUUUAACUUGGAAAAAAUAAGUUGCCACGCUGACUUACAAUUUUGAAUUAUGUCAUCUCAGGUAAUCAAGUGUUGAGUUGACUACAUUUUAUAUUAGAUAUGGUGUUAAUGUUUUUAGUUAGCGUGGAGACUUAUUUUUUUCUAGUUUGAGGCAGUCAAGAUUUUUUACUGUGUAUGGGGAGACAGACUGACAGACUCAACCUCGGUGGAAAAGCUUUACAAUGUAGAAACCAUGAGAAACUAAGGAAAAUACCUAUAAACAGCGUUUUGACCUUAAAGCCUGUACUCUAACACUGCUAUUUAUAGUGUCCAAAGAAAAAACAAACCAAAGACUUGUUUUGACCUGCUUUAAAAACUCUGUUCUGGCAUUUUACCCAAUCACUGAUCUCACAGCUUUCAUACCUCCUGCCCACUGUCCUUAUCUUUGAUCUGACUGGUCGGUUUGAGGGAGGGCCUCUGGAUGGACGUUUAAUCAGCCUGUUUAAUCAGUGGGUUCUGACCAGUGGACCGAGAUCCUGUGGGACGGUUCAAUCAGCUUUGAGGAGGAAUCUUACAGGUGCCACUGGAAUGUUCAGCAGCCGUUUG